GUCAAAAUGAUCCGGAAAUGAAAGUAGCGCGCGGCUCGGACGAUCACUACAGCUGGCUUCCGGGUAUGCUCAUCUCCAAAUCGGAAAGCGCAGCUCCUCCUGUUGUUGUACCUCAGGACCGAUCCCUCCGUACAGCCCCGAGACGGCGAAAUGAAGGGAGGAGUCGCAAAUUACUGGAGGUCAAAUCACAGCAACAACAUGAACUCACUGGAAGAAACAGGAAGUUCCUCAACAGGGGAUACUGGAAAUUCCUCAAAUGAGGAAAACUACUUUGUGAAUUACACCUUCACUGAUCGUUCACAUUCUAGCCGUGUGGCCCAAGGAAUUAUGAAGUUGUGCCUUGAAGAUGAGCUCUUUGCUGAUGUCACCAUUUCUGUAGAAGGCAAAGAAUUCCAACUGCACCGCCUAGUCCUUUCAGCUCAAAGCUGUUUUUUUCGUUCUAUGUUCACUUCCAACCUUAAAGAGGCACACAACCGUAUCAUUGAGUUACAAGAUGUUAGUGAAAGUGUCUUUCAACUUGUGGUAGACUAUAUUUACCAUGGAACUGUGAAAUUAAGGGCAGAUUAUUUGCAGGAGACCUAUGAAGCAGCAGAUAUGUACCAGCUAACUGCCCUUUUUGAGGAGUGUUCUCGUUUCUUGGCUCGAACAGUGCAAGUGAAAAAUUGUUUGCAGAUUAUGUGGUUGGCUGAUCAGCAUAGUGAUGUAGAGCUCUACACGGCGGCCAAACAUUGUGCUAAAUCAUGUUUAGCACAGCUUCAGGAAACAGAGGAGUUUCUGCACCUUCCUCUUCGUUUCUUGACAGACAUUGUCUCAGAUGGGGUCCCCUGCUCUCAGAAUCCUACAGCUGCAAUAGAAACCUGGAUUGGCUUCAGUAAAGAAGAGCGGGCAGGUUUCUUAGAGUUACUGCAAUCAAGCUUAAAGGAAAUUGGAGAGAAUGUUCAUAUCUAUCUGAUUGGAAAGGAAUCCUCUCGUACACACUCCCUUGCUGUCUCAUUGCAUUGUGCUGAUGAUGACUCCAUCAGUGUUAGCGGUCAGAACAGUUUAUGUCACCAGAUCACUGCAGCCUGCAAACACGGCAGUGAUCUCUAUGUCGUCGGAGGAUCCAUUCCACGGCGCAUGUGGAAGUGUAACAACACUACAAUAGACUGGGAAUGGUGUGCGCCUCUGCCACGAGACAGGCUUCAACAUACUCUUGUUUCUGUGCUCAACAAGGAUGCAAUCUAUUCACUGGGUGGCAAAACAUUGCAAGACAUCCUCUCUAAUGCCAUCAUAUACUACAAAGUGAAAGACAAUGUGUGGACAGAAACAAGCCAGCUGGAAGUAGCAGUGUCUGGGGCUGCAGGCGUGAAUCUUAAUGGUGUCAUUUACUUGUUGGGUGGUGAAGAGAAUGACGCUGAUUUUUUUACCAAACCCUCUCGGCUGAUUCAGUGCUAUGACACUAAAACAGAGAAGUGUUACGUGAAGCCUUAUGUGUUGCCCUUUGCAGGGUGCAUGCACGCUGCUGUGUACAAGGACCUGGUGUUCAUAGUAGCACAGGGAGAUUCUCUUUUGUGCUAUAACCCUCUGUUGGAUAGCUUCACUCGGCUCUGCUUGGCAGAUGCUUGGAGUUCAGUCCCAUCCCCUUGGAAAAUUGCCAGUUGCAAUGGUAAUAUUUACAUCUUCCGAGACUGUUACAAAAAGGGAGAUGCCAGCACUUUCAAACUCAAUCCAGCCACCUCUGUGGUAUCCGUCACCCGUGGCCUCAAAGUGCUACUUACAAAUUUGCAGUUUGUGUUGGCUUGAAAACCCCAGGAUAUUUUCAGAGCUAGGACAAUGGAAACAUCACAUUCAGUAGGUCAGAGAAAUGCGUAGAUCCUUAUAGCUCUGUUUUCUUGAGGCUGAUCAUAGUAUUUUAGAGAGGUUUCUUACUUUUCACAAAUACCAAUAUCCUAGCUGUACACUUAUUUUCACUAGCACUUAAUUAGUGAAUAUUGGUUAUGGCUGGAUUAUUGUUAGCAUUGCUUCUCCUACUGGUCAGUUUCUUGCCUCCCACAAUCAAGGCCUGAACCCACUCCUAGCAGCAGUCCUAAGUAAAUAAACUACUAGACUACUAGCCAUCUAGAGCUAGGGCACAUGCUGUGAAUUUUACAACAAUAUUUCAAAUGUAUCUUUCCAAUAAGUGAUUUCCGGUAAAGUCCUUCUAAUUAGAACGGCAAAAGACAACUAUUGAGGUAGAAUUAUUUUAAGUAAUACAUAUUUCAGAUUUCUUGGUUUUCUAGGACAAGAAGGGGUUGCUGUUACUAAUACAUUUCCACCUGAUAUUAAUAGCAAAUUUACCCUUGACAUCAUUGUACUGAAUCAUCAUCCCGAUUAUUAGGUGUCAACCUCACUUAUACAUACUGUAAGAACUUUGGGUACAAAUCUCAAUAAAGGCCUUUACUGCAACAGCA